AUGCAGUUGAAAAUCUUUGCUUGGGCAGCCUUCUCAUUGCUCGGUUAUUUCACCUCACUUGGUGAAGCCCACCACACUCGUCGUUCUAAUGCCUACCAGACUCGCAUUACCGAAGGCUUGAAGCAACACAUGGGGCUAAACCAUAAGGCAAAUAUCAGCAGCAGCAAUGUGUAUCAGACUAAUUUCGAUGGUGUUACCUGGGACGAGGAAAACUGGCAACUCGCUACAACCAAUCUCCAGCAAGGUCAAUUUCAAUCCCGAGGCUCUGUCGCGAAUGGAUACUUGGGUAUUAAUGUGGCCAGCGUUGGCCCAUUUUUCGAGGUUGAUUCUGCCAAGGAUGGAGACAAUGGUAUCAGUGGAUGGCCUCUCUUCACCACACGACAGUCUUUUGCAACUAUUAGCGGCUUUUUCGACUCUCAGCCAACCACUAAUAAGACAAACUUCGAAUGGCUCUACCAGUAUGGAAGUGACAGCGUGAUAAGUGGUGUGCCGCAUUGGAGUGGUUUGAUCUUGGACCUCGGAAAUGAUACUUAUCUUGAUGCAACAGUGGACAACACCACCAUUUCCAAUUUCACAUCCGUUUAUGACUAUAAAUCAGGAGUGCUUUACUGGUCAUUAAGUUGGAAGCCAAGUGGUAACACUUCUUUCGAAAUUGAAUACCGCCUCUUCGUCAAUAAACUAUACAUUAACCAAGCUGUUGUGGACAUGCAUGUGAUAUCAAGUGCUGACACCAAUGCUUCGAUUGUGAAUGUGAUUGAUGGAGGUUCUGCUGUCCGCACCUCUUUUGUUCGGUCUGGUGAAGAUAAUGGUGCUAUAUUCUCCGCCGUACGGCCGAAUGGUGUUGCUAAUGUCACAGCCUAUAUUUACGCAAACAUGAGUGCCAGCGAGGAUAUAUCAUCUCGACAGAUUGUCAACGACAAGCCUUAUUUGAGUGCAGUCAAUUCUUCUAUCGCCCAGUCCGCCUCUGUAAAAUUGAAGGCGGGAAAGAUAUUUCAUGCCACAAAAUUUAUUGGUGCGGCAUCUUCGGACGCCUUUGCUGAUCCGAUGGAAGUGGCAAAGAAUGCUUCUAUUAGCUCAUCGAAGAACGGCUAUGCCUGGUCCCUGCUUGCUCAUCUGAAAGAAUGGGCUAGCGUUAUGCCCGAUGACUCUGUUGAUCAUUACUCGUUUGAAAAUGGCACUCUACCUUCAGACAUUAACAUUAUCGACUCGUCUAUCAUCGCUGUUGUUAACACCUACUAUCUCCUUCAGAACACUGUUGGAAAUAAUGCUAUUAACGCAUCUUCUGGAACGGCCAUCAAUGUGGACAGCAUCUCCGUUGGUGGGUUGACCUCUGAUUCAUAUGCUGGCCAGGUCUUCUGGGAUGCCGAUCUCUGGAUGCAACCAGGACUUACUGCAUCUCAUCCAGAAGCAGCUCAGCGGAUCACAAACUAUCGCUUGAAGAACUACGGCCGGGCAAAGGAGAAUAUUCAAACUGCAUUCGUGGGUUCGCAGAAUCAGACUCGGUUUUCAGAAUCUGCAGCUAUCUUCCCUUGGACGAGCGGUCGAUAUGGCAAUUGCACAGCUACCGGUCCCUGCUGGGACUAUGAGUAUCAUAUCAACGGCGACAUCGCGAUGGCUAUUAUCAACCAAUGGGUGACCAGUGGUGAUACAGAGUUCUUCAAAGAGACUUUUUUCCCUGUUUACGACUCGAUUGCCACACUUUAUGCAGACAUGCUGAACCCGAACGGAUCGUCUUGGACUCUUACCAACAUGACGGAUCCAGACGAAUAUGCGAACCAUAUUGAUGCGGGUGGAUUCACGAUGCCACUUAUUGCGCAGACUUUGAUGUAUGCUAACGCCCUACGCCAGCAGUUUGGACUUGAAGAGAAUUCAACAUGGAAUGAGAUGGCCUCUAAUGUUCUAGUCCUUCGUGAAAAUGGAGUUACCCUCGAGUUCACCACCAUGAAUGGAAGCGCCGUGGUGAAACAGGCUGAUGUCGUGCUAAACACCUACCCAUUGGACUACUCUGCGAGCUACAGCGCCCAAGAUUCGCUCAAUGAUCUUGAAUACUAUGCUAACAAGCAGUCUACCGACGGUCCCGCCAUGACCUGGGCCAUAUUUUCCAUCGUGGCUAAUGAGAUAUCGCCCUCUGGGUGCUCAGCCUACACAUAUGGCCAAUACGCUUAUAAACCAUAUACACGUGCUCCUUUCUACCAGAUGUCAGAGCAGUUAAUUGAUAAUUCUACCACUAAUGGCGGCACUCACCCUGCAUUCCCGUUCUUGACAGGUCACGGUGGUUCCAACCAAGUCGUUUUGUUCGGUUAUUUGGGACUGCGCUUGCUUCCUGACGACAUUCUCCACGUUGAGCCAAAUCUCCCACCUCAAAUUCCGUACUUGAAGUAUCGAACCUUCUACUGGCGCGGCUGGCCUAUCUCUGCUUGGUCUAACCACACACACACCACUAUUAGCCGUGCAUCCACCGCGCCUCUAGCUACUGCAGACCAGCGCUUUGAAAACAGCUCAAUUACUAUCAACUCUGGCUUUGAAUUGAAUUCCACCACGUACCACCUUCCUCUCAAUGGCUUCGUGUCCAUACCCAAUCGCCAGAUCGGAUCACAGAACACAGUCUCCGGAAACCUUGUACAAUGCCAAUCGAUUGAGUCGCCAAACUCAUACCAGCCAGGCCAAUUCCCAAUAGCUGCCAAUGAUGGUGCAGCAUCCACAAAGUGGCAGCCUUCAUCAGCAGCGAAUUGGAGCUCUCUCACCGUGGAACUAGGCGCCGGAGCUAUCGUAUCAGGAUUCUACUUCGACUGGGCCCAAGAACCGCCCGUGAAUGCAACCGUAAUCUUCCAUAACGAAACGCUCGACAACCCCGUUCAGACCUACAUCACAUCUGAUGGAGCUUCAGUACUCAAAGUUGCGACCGAGCUAAACAACAUCAUCCUCUCAAACCCUUAUAACGCGACCAAUGUCGAUGUCAUCGCUAUUCCGGCUGGAAACACAACCAACGUGACCUUGAGUAAACCAAUACCUGCGGCACGAUUUGCCUCUUUGCUGAUUGUGGGUAAUCAAGCCCUCGACGCUGUCGAUGUUCAGUUCCAGAAUGGAACUGGAGCAACGGUUGCAGAAUGGGCUAUCCUGGGACUGACUGACGAGGAGUCUUCUGACAUUAGCAGUGAGAAGCGGAGGAUGAAUGUGCGUGCUGCUAAGACUUUAGAUGCCGCAUCUGGAUCUUUCAUGCGUCGCCGCAGACAGUUCCUGCCAAAAUAUUAA